UUCUUGGCUGCCCCAGACGGUUCCAUUCCGAGGGAGUCACUGGCAGAGUUCACUGCUGGCGUUCAAGGUAUCUCUCCCCAUGAGAGCACAACCAAAGAAGAAGAAGAAAGUGGAUGUAAAGAGAGAGCAAGCACAGAAGGAUCGUAUGAAAAAGAAGAUUAAAAAGUUGGAAAAAGCUGCCCCAGAAAUGAUUCCAAUUGAAGAUUUUAUAACACCACUUAAGUACUCAGAUAGCAACAGGGUGCGAAGUCUUCCCACUCUGCCAUUUGAGGAGACUGAAAGAAGAGUUUUACUUAUGAAAAAGUGGUGUUUGUUUAAGCAGAAACAAGAUAAGGCAGAAAAGAAAGCAAUUCAGACUCUUGUAGAGGCUCAGCAAGAGGCACUAAAGGAACUGCGCCUUGAAUCCGAGGAAUUGUAUCAGGCAGCAAUCAGGCGAGAUGAGGGGCUUUUCCCCUUUGAGAGAGAUGGACCUAAUUAUACCCCACCACUUCCUGGUUACGAUCCUCCUGAAGGAAAAUGCGUUGAUAUCACCAAAGUGUAUACACAGUGAUGGAGGAGUUUGUUUAUCUGGCAUGAGCUACUCAGCCAACUGAAGGAGGAAAGAAUGGAAUAAUAAUAAACAAUUCCUUCUGCGGGUUAAAAUACUGUAGGUGCGUGAGUGUAAAAACA